UUGAGACUGGAUAUCUGAACGUUUUCCAACAGUUCUCAUGAGUUCUUGUCCCUGAUUUUACCUCAGCUGUGGAAGCCUAGGAAGGGGAUCAGAACACAAACUUUAGCUGGAAUUGGAUCCUAUGAAUCGAUUACAAAAUGGAUAUAGGUGAACUUGAAUUGUACACAGAAGCCUUAGCUUGUUUAAAGCAGACGUUAUAUGAAGGAAAGAAAGAUUCCAAUGUAGAUAUUCAAUUGAUGCUCUCCAAUAUACAGAGAUGUCAGACAAUUGUUAGAGGCUUCAUAGCUGAGAAAAAGGACUCUGUUUCAGUUACGUCUGCAUUACUAAAUUUAGAGUUAAGUUUAUGCUGUCAUGUUGAUAUUUUGAUGAAGAAAAUCCACCAAUUAAAUUCAGGAAGAGGAUCUUCAUUGAUAUCACCAUCCACAAUAUCAUCAUCUACUUCAUCUUCAUCAUGUACUGGAGCCACAAACAUACCUGAUGGUAAUGGAGAGGAUGUACAGAAGAAAAAUCGACGGUCAGCUAUAAGUGAUACUAUAGUUAAAUCAGGAACGAUAACAUUUGAUGAUGUGGCUGGUUUACAAGAUGCUAAAACAGCUUUAAGAGAAGCCAUCAUUAUGCCAUUUAUAUAUCCUCAUCUCUUUACAGGUGGAAGAAAACCAUGGAAGCGCAUUUUAUUGUAUGGUCCACCUGGUACUGGUAAAUCACGACUAGCUCAAGCAAUAGCCUCUGAGAUCAAGUCCACCUUCUAUUGUGUUUCCAGUGCUGAUAUCAUUUCUAGUUGGGUUGGUGAAAGUGAGAAAUUGAUAAAAGAGUUAUUUUGCCAUGCGACAAGUAAUUCAGGACGCUCAGUAAUAUUUAUAGAUGAGAUAGACAGUAUAACCCGUCAGAGAAACACCAGAGAAGAAGAACAUACUCGUAGAAUUAAAACAGAAUUAUUAAAACAGAUGGAAGGGGCAGACAACUCUGAUUCAACUGAUAAAAUAUUUUUAUUGUGUGCUACUAACUGUCCAUGGGAACUAGAUGUUGCUUUCUUAAGAAGAUUCCAGAAGAGAAUUUACAUUCAGUUACCAGAAAGAGAUGCUAGAAUCCAGUUAAUGAAACUUCACUGUCACGGUAGUGAUUGUAAUAUAAGUGAGAAUGAAUGGAAUAGUUUAGCUGAUGCUACAGAAGGGUAUUCUGGCAGUGAUAUAGCUACUAUGACACUUGGUGCCUUAUUCCAACCCAUUAGAGAUUUACAGGUUGCUAAAUUCUGGCACCAUCUCCCAGAUGGAAAAUUUGUACCUACAGAAAUUCCGUAUCCAGAUAGUAUUGAAACAUGUAUGACUGAUUUACCUCCAGAUAAGAUACAACCAAGAGAAGUUUCACACAGAGACUUCAUUAAAUCACUUCAAACUCACAGAAAAACAGUUUCUGAUGAAGAACUCAAGAAGUUUGAAACCUUUACAAAGUGUUAUGGAGAAAGUGGUUAACUUGUGGAAAGGUGGUUAAUUUGUUAUUAAGAAACAGUGGUCAAUUUGGUUUUAAGAAAAAGUGGUUAAAUUUGUUAUUAACAAAAAGUCUUUAAUUUGUUAUUGAGAAAGGGAAUUACCGGUAGAUUUAUGAAAGCUGUUUAAAUUGUUAAAUUGAGAAAAGGUGUUUAAUUUGUAUAAAAAAAUAAAA